AUGUUCCCGAUGUUCCCGAAGCCAACGAAUGAUGGCGCCGGAUACCAAGACGUUUCGGGCGCUCGAACACCAUUAGAUAAGAUCAAUAUUGCUCAAAACACGGUGGAAGCUACUUCGCUGUUCGCAGCCCUGAAGCAGCAGCAACAGCAACAGCAACCGCGCGACAGUGUUGCCUCGUCGAGGGAACGCGAGAACCGGGAACGAGAUCGGCUGUCGAUCCGUGGCCGUGAGAACAACCGGAGCGAGAUAGGUAGCGGCGUGGCAGAGCAAUCGCAGCAACAGCAACACCAACACCAACAGCAGCAGCAGCAGCAACAACAGGAGCUCACGAUCGAGUAUCAGAGCAAUGGAAAGCUCAGUCCCGCUGGGCACGCAGUGACAGCAGCACCCAUGACCCAGCAAAAGCAGCCAAUUAUCACGCAGCAGUCGCAACAGCCGAGCUCGGGAGCGCCUGGUCCCCAACCGAGUCCUCAUCAGAGUCCGCAGGCCCCUCAGAGGGGCUCGCCACCGAAUCCUUCGCAAGGUCCUCCACCGGGGGGACCGCCAGGGGCACCACCCUCGCAGAAUCCCGCGCAGAUGAUGCUCAACCCGGCUAGCGGCAUCCAUCAGAUGCAACAGCUACUCCAACAGCACAUACUCAGCCCUACCCAGCUGCAGUCAUUCAUGCAGCAACACUCGCUCUACCUGCAGCAACAGCAACAGCAACAUCACCAGCAAAUUUACGGCCGUUUGUCGAAAUGCUUGCAGCAUCAACACCAGUUCGCGGAACUGGGCAGGAAGAAGCUGGAGCAGGCGAUACAGCAGCUGCAAGAACAGUUGCAACUCAAUGUCAUUCAGCAGACGCAUCUUCUGCAAACGGCGGACAAGAAGAAGGCGUCCGCCCCGCUUCAGCAAUUGGCGCUGCAACAGCAACGCCUGAUACAACAGUUGCAGAUCACGCAGAGCCAAUACCUUCUUCAACAGGGUCUGGGUCUUCAGGGUCACAAUCCUUCUUCAGGUCUCCAACCUGGUGAAGGUCUACCAAUCGUCCCCUGGAAAUCGGAAACGUCGGAUGGUCCGGAAUCCCACCAGAACUCGAACGUUUCAAAAUCCGUGGUCGCACUCAAUGGACUUCUCAAUUCGACAGUGUCGAGUCGGCGGUCGGAGAUGAACGGAACCACUCCACUGGACGAGAAAGCGCUGGACGUUUCCUCCAACGACAAGGUUCAUCCCCUGUACGGUCAUGGGGUCUGCAAGUGGCCGGGCUGUGAAGUUAUUUGUGAAGACUAUCAAGCAUUCCUU